AGCAGCGGUAAGGCCAAGUCACUUUUACUUUCUUUUUCAGUGCUUUGCAAACCUACUGACUGCGUCAUCGCCAUGGAUGUCGGAUGGCAGCGAAGAGGAAGUAACGCAACGUGACUUUACUGCAGCCUCUCUGACAGAGUUGGCUUCUGUCUCAGUGACAAGAAGCGGAAGAGGAUGAAUCUGGACGCCUUUGCAAACUUCUGUGCGCUCCAUGGGGUAGAGGUGGUGAUGAUUGACCUCACUCAGCCACUGGCACUCCAGGGACCCUUCAAUGUAAUUGUUCACAAGAUGUCUGACAUAAUUGUGGAGGCUGAACACAACAGACAGUCACAGCAGCUGCUUGCAAACUUUCAGAGCUACGUGUCAGCCCAUCCCAGUACAGUUCUUCUCGAUCCUCUCCCAGCAAUGACACAGCUGCUGGACCGCUUUGCUACAUACAGAAUUAUGAGCAAGUUGGAGAAUUCUCUGCAAGACUGGCGGAUCUGCAGUCCUCCAUACCUGGAAAUCCACAACGAAAGUGACCUGGUCUCUAAGCAGACUCUGAUGGCUCAAUCCCUUAGCUUUCCCCUGCUUUGCAAAACAAGAGUGGCCCAUGGCUCUCUGUCUCAUGAGAUGUCUCUUAUCUUUAGUGCUGACAGUUUUGCUGAUGUCCACCCUCCCUGUGUACUCCAGAGCUUCAUCAAUCAUGGAGCAGUUCUACACAAGGUCUUUGUGAUAGGAGACAAACACUUCUGUGUAGAGAGGCCAUCACUUAAGAACUUCCCCUCUGGUCCUUGUGAUAGAAAAACCAUCUUCUUCAAUAGCCAUCAGGUGUCGAAGCCUGAAUCCAGCUCUAAUCUCACUGCUCUGGAUGAACAGAUGCCGUGCCUGCCUCCUCCGAGCUCCCAGGCCAUAGAGGCUCUUGUUAAAGAGUUGAGGGCUCAGCUAGGCAUGGCCCUGCUUGGCGUAGACGUUAUCAUUAAUUCACACACCCACACCCUGACCAUCAUUGACAUCAACAUCUUCCCAGGUUAUGAGGGAGUACCAGAGUUUUUUUCUUCUUUGCUCAGCCUUAUCCAGUCAGUGUUGGACCAGCAGACCUCUGGUUAGCAGCUUUUCUAAGUCGGCGCAAAAUAUUGAUGGAUUGUUUGUUGGACGUAUGAGGUGAAAAUAUAAAUAAUCAUCAUCAUCAUUCCUGAAUUGUCUAAGGACUGGAAAUGAGUACCUUUCCAGGUUUUUUUUUAAUUUUGGAAAAAGAUAAAACAAUCAAAAUAAGCUUAUUCAAAACAGAGAUACAGUAUAAUCAUAAAAUGUGUUAAAGCUGUUCAAGAUGCCUGUGAAAUGUCAUGUUUUAAAUGACACAGACACCUAUUUCAAACACUUCAUGCUUUUGUUGAUCUAAAUGUAACAAAAAAGAUGUUCACUUGUGUUUACUAGUUUUUAAA